AUGAUGAAAUCAAUCCUACUCCUUAUAACUGCUACCAGUGCAUUUGCGGGCAAUCGUAUUGCUGGAUAUGAUUCGCACACACUCGUCAUCGAUCAGAACAAAAUUGAUUUGGAUCAGCGCGACAUGGAGCAACAACUGGCCUUGGGUUCGAACGAUGGAUACGAUUCGGCAAUCAAAAUUUACCAAAAGGGAUCCCACUGUGCAUCGUAUUCACUGCUAAAGAUCCAACCACUGGAAGCAGUAUUGACGGCUGGUGAUCAAGUGACUGGAGUUGCCCAAGAUGGAUCGAUUGUCAAAGCGACAGUGGCUGAGAACUAUCCCAAGGGAACAAUAGAGAUUGAAGUGGUCUACAAUUUGGAUGAGACAUCUAGCUCUUUCUGUCACGUUGGGGGAAACCCAAGACCGAUAACAGAUGGAUGUUUUGCUGAUUCUGGAAGGCUCGCAGUCAAUAGUGGUGAUCCAGGACUAAAGUACUCGUACAAUGUUUUUACCGAUACAUUGAAUGGUAUUUCGAUUCAAAAGUUGAGUACCGAAAAACGAACCGAAACUUCCUACUGGUGCGAUUCCUGUAAGAGUGACGAUUUUGAUGUGUUUUACAAGUUGUAUGGGGAGCAUGACUACGCCGACAAGUGGUUUGAGGCUGCUCGACUGGGCACGAGCACCAAUUUCUUCUUUGGAGAUGCUGACUUCAGGAGCUUUGGUCUGGAUGGAAAGUUGGAGGCCAUGACAACAGCAACCUUGGCGUUGCACAUUUGGAUGCACGUCGUUUUUCUAUUGGAAGAUUCCGUGGGCAAAUGUCGUUCCAAGUACGGCGAUCAUGGGAUCAACUCCUGGGACAAGGCCGUCGCUUACUACACUGGUUCCAUGGAAGGACCUGAAAGCGAUGUCAGUCAGGAGGGAUUUCUUCUCAAACAGCUCGCCAAUAAAUUCUGCAAAGCCUUCAAGACUUGUGGUCCUGACGGCGAUGCACAAUCUGGGGAAGCAUAUGUCAACACGGAAAUUCUCCGUGCUUUCAAGAAUGGUUUGACAGCCCUCAAAGAUGGAAGGUGUAGCUCUGUAGAGACCAACAAGGUGUACAUUGCUGAAAUGAUGCGUGUUCCACUUGUGCAAGGUCUACUGGUCAAUAGUUAUGCUCAACAACUUGCACCCCAACGAUCCGAGAAGGCAGAAGCUGCUGGAGCCACCUUUUUGGCUGCUGUAGUGCCUUUUGUUUACAACUGUAAUCCAGCAGAUGCAGCCACUUUGGUCGAGCUGAUGGGAGCUUCUAGUUUCCGGGGCAAUACCGAUUUUCCCAAAGUUAAGGCCAUUCUAGAACAAAACUACAAGUGCAUGCGGAUAAAUUGUGCGGAUAUCGGAGGCAUCUGGAACUCCAACUCAAACGACUAUUAUCCAGAUAGCCUCGCCUGCGAAGGAGGGUUUGUGAGAGUUGAUAUGUUUAUCCUCGGGAUUACACUCGCCGCUGGUGGUGCUCUGAUGGUUUGCUUGAUUCUUGCAUGUACAUGCUGCACCAGCAGCAAACACAGCAAGGUUGACAAUGUUCCCGAUGAAGACGAAGAAGGUGUUGUCACCGAAGACCUAAUGCCAAAGGUUUCCUAG